CAGAUGCCCCUUCCGUCCAUUAGGUGGCAAUAGCUGACCGUGGCUUGAACCACUCGAAGCGGCGACUCGAAGUCCAAAGAAGAAGGAGGAUUGCUGUCAUGGCGGCCAAGGUGGUGAUGGUGGCUGUCCCGACAGUGCUGGGCAUAGCCUCCAUCCGUGUGUACACUGUGAGCGAAGCACCCACUGGUGGACUGGUUACUCGAGAAAAGCUGAACAUCUACACCCCGCUGCCACAGUCUGCUCAGGCCCAGUUUGUUCCAGAAAGGCCGGGUGUUAUUCAGACUGGGUUAACUACAGCGAGAGAGAGCAUACUACCAUUUGUCCAGGCUAUACAGGGUGCCUGUGUCUCUGUGAAAAGGGGAAGUGUUAAUCUCUACCAUGUAGGAGAGGAUGUGUACUAUUACUUGAAAGACCCUCCACCGGGUUUUCUACCCAGAUUUGGCACCAUCAACAUGGCUGGCCUACUUGGCAUGUUCUUGGCACGGAAAGGCUCUCGUUUCAAGAGGUUAGCCAUUCCACUGGGCCUGAUGAGUGCAGGAGCUUCAGUGUGCUACCCGGCCCAAGCAGUGUCUGUGUUGAAGGUGACGGGUAAGAAGGUGUAUGCUGCAGGGCAGUGGAGCAGUGCUGCAGUGUCUUCACUGCUCACCUCCAAGUCCCAGGAGCCUGUUGCCAAAGAGAUUGCUGCUUCACAACCACAGGCAGCUACAGUGCCAAAUCCAGAGUAUGCAGUAGUUGAGGAAGCCUCAGAGCCCAGCUCCACCACAGACAGCUCAACCCACAACUCUACAAUCCCAGACACAGAGGUAGAAUCAGCUGAGUCUGUUCCUGUCUCUGAUGAGCCCAUUGUCGCUGUCGUAACAGAGGAGGCAUCAUCAGUAACACUCGCAGAGAUAUUCCCCGACCAGACCCCUACAGAGACCAACACCGAUCCAGUGGCACAUUCAGUGCCAGCAGAGACAGAGACCACCACAUCCUCUGGGGAAAUACCUGCGCUUGUUGAAAGUGAGGAGCCCUCAGACACAAAACAAGCAGCAGAGGAUGUCUCCACUGACACCAGCCCAGCAGAGCCCACGCCGAGCUUAGAACCGGAGAUGGAGUCUGCUCCUCCAGUCGAGUCUGCUCCUCCAGUCGAGGCUGCUCCUCCAGUCGAGGCCGCUCCUCCAGUCGAGGCUGCUCCUCCAGUCGAGGCUGCUCCUCCAGUCGAGGCCGCUCCUCCAGUCGAGGCUGCUCCAGCAGAGCCCGUUCCUUCCGCUGAAGAUCCACCUGCUCCAAAGGCCUCAGAUGAGCCAGCAGUGCCAGUUGAUGAAUCUGCUGAGCCCGAACCUACUGCUCUACCUGAGUUAGCUGACCAACCACAAGUUGCUGCUGUGGAGGAAACACCGACACCGACACUCACACCACCACCUCCUCAACACCCUGCAGCAGAAAACAGCAAAGGGGGCUCUAGUUUCAAGCCAGACCCUGCUCUAAUGGACUUUGGCCAGUCCACCCCCGAGGAUGAAGACCUGUACAGCACACGCAGCUGAGAUAACACAGCCGGCCGCAGGAGAAACCUCGUUCCCACACUGCCAUCUCAUUUCUCAUCCAGACUGACAAACACUCUGUAUCAUCAUGCAGUGUAAAUAGGCCAUUUUGCAAGCAAGCAGAGUUAGGAAGGCUUUCAUCAACAUUUCCAUUCUCAUUUCUUCAGCCCACAUCAUUUAUUUGUGGAAAAAUAAACGAUUAUUGCAACAAUGCAGUGAAUUCCAGUACACAGAACUUAGUCGAUUUGCGUAGAAGGACAGAAACCUGGAAAAUAAAAAUACACCCACAAUGUUUUACAAGUCUUUUAAUUCACAGAUGGCAGAUUGUGCAAUUUUCUUUCUGUAUGUGUCAUUUAACAAUUGCUGGCUUUUGUGCUACAGCUUUCACAGUCAUGAGUGCAUGGUGCUUUUAUUUAUAGUAAUUUCGCCCACUGUGUUGGUAAGCUGAAAAUACUACAUAUUUUGCUGGUAAUGGUUACAAGAUGGACUAGUGCUGUUUCAUUUUGUUACAUCAAAAAUUGUCUUCAAUUGUUUAGAACCAAAAAUAAAUCUAUAUUUUUCACAAUUUCA